UGGUUUUGUUUGUGCUUCCCGCUGCUACGCUUUUUUUGUCUUCAAAGUACGAGGCCGUCCAAGGUAUGUGUGAGCUGUCUGCAGAUAUCAAAUCAAGACUGAAUCAACUUCUCCCAGACCUUUCGAGAGAAAAGGAAGCCCUGCUACAUCAAUGCCUAUGGGACUUGGGAGUUCGCAGCACUGGUGAUGUUACAUAUGUUCAAGAGAGGGAAUUAUCAACUAUCCUAAACCCCAUCCAAAGCAGGAAAUUUUUGCACCUCUGGAAUGAUUUUGACAGCACUGCUCUAACUGUGUCACAACCUCCGGGCAACAACCCAGAGUCACAACUUCUGGAGAACGCACGACCGCCAGUGCCACAACGUGUCAGUGCUGACUGGCCAACAACAUUUUCAAUACCGUUUCAUCGUGCAAACUCUGGCUUCCUGAGUGAUUUGGAACAGAAAAAGCGCCCGAAAAAGAAACAUCUGCUGGAAUUUGUGCGGCUGGUGUGCAGUGACAUUCACAAUAUUUGUGCCAGGCCAGGACGGGCAGCCCUUGCUGAAGUUGCCAGGCGGAUUGUGGAGGCGCACCCAGUCUCACUGUCAGAUACUCUAGGUGGAGCUGUUGUUGGCUCAGGGUAUGACUCUUUGCGUGCAAAACUUGAGAACAGACUCGACAACCUAAAUCGUGGCUCUGCGGAGGCAGUGCCGGUGGCACGUGCAUCACACAGAAAACGUGUAGCCAGUGACAAGUGUGGUUGUAUUGAAUGGAACUGCUCCCCACCAGCAGGUGAGACUGCUGAAACACAAGAAGACAAAAGAGCUGAACUGGAAGAAAUGUUUGCCAUCGAAAAUGCAAGCCUUAGCCGUGCAAUAGACAUGAUGCAGCAGACUUAUUUUCUACAAAGGGAACACAUCAAUCAAGGACUAUCAGUUUCUCAGGUCCAAGACAAAUGGCCGUGGUUGUUAACGACUGAAUGCCUACUCAAUCAUUUCAAGAGGCUCACUGGUAUUGAUUGUAAAGAACGAUUUAGUAAUGCUAUGUCUCAGAAGGUAAAGGCUGUACUUCAGUUCCUAACGACAAGUCAAAAUGAAGAGGUGCAGAAGAUCAUGCAGUCUGUCAGUCAAGCCUUUCAUGAAUCUCAAACUCAUUACGGAGACCCCGUAGGGAUGCUUCUUGGGACCAUAGCAAGCUUGAAUGAGGACUCGUCCUACCUCAUUGUGGAGCUUGGGACCGAUGUGCUUAUCCAAGAUGCUCCUCUCUCCCUGACACCAGUGAUUGUGUGUGCUGGGAGCCCCUACACUUGCCGUACCUUCAUGGUUGCAGCUGAUCAGCAGAUUGUGAUGACUGCUAUCUCUGAUUUUACAAAUGCACUCUGCGCCCUGAUGGCUCUGUACUUCGUGUUCAACAUCGCCUACCCUCGCCAGGCAGAAGCUACACUUGACUUCCUUCAGAUGUAAAAUAAUGUCAAAUCACAAAAUAAAGUUGCAAAAGUAACA